GCCCCGCGCAUGCUCGCCCGGUGACGCCGCGACUCCAUGUGUGAGGGGCGCAUUAUUUGGCACCGGGAGCCGCGGCCGCCACGGGAUCCGCCGGGAGAGCCCCGGAACAAGCGGGAGAGCAGCGGGGACAGCGGAGGGGAGAGCGGAGCGGAGCCGGGAGAGCGGGGCGGGCUCGGCGCGGAUGCGGCCGGAGCGGCGGGGAGCUGCCGGAGCAGCGCCGUGAUCCUCGGCUCCGGCUGCGUCCCGGCGGGAACCCAUGACCUUCCCUGCCAGGCUCUCACCAUGAGCGAGGACUCAUGCCGCACCCGGAGCCAGAAGCGCGCCCUGGAGCGGGAAUCGGAGCCGGACAAUAAAAAACUCAGGAUGGACAAAGGAAUUCUGGGCUCGGAGCUCAAUUCCGAGGGCGACAUGAAAAUCAAAGCGGAUCCCGGAGCCGGGAAAAUCCCGGGAAUGCUGAAAAGUGGGGAAGUCAAAGCCACCAUCAAAGUGGAGCUGCCGGCCGGGGAUGAGCCCGUGGAUAUGAGCACAUCCAAAGGGGAGGUGCGGCGGGAGCGCCGGGUGCCGUCGCCGGACGUGAUCGUGCUGUCGGACACGGAGCCCUCGAGCCCGCGCCUCAACGGCCUGAGCGGCCCCGGCCCCGGCCUGACGCAGCCCCCGGGGCAGCCCCGCGCCGACGCCCUCCUGCGGAGCAGCCCCGAGGAGCGGGAGCGGCUCAUCAAGCAGCUGAAGGAGGAGCUGCGGCUGGAGGAGGCCAAGUUGGUGCUCCUGAAAAAGCUCCGGCAAAGCCAAAUCCAGAAGGAGACCCCGGCUCCCAAGCCCUCCGGCCCCUCUGGAAGCGCUGCGGCCACGCCCCCGCCCUUGGUGCGGGGCCCUCAGGCUGUUCCCGCUGGGAAAACUUCCCUCCAGACCUCUUCCAGCCGGAUUCCUGGCACUGUGAUCCCUCCUCCCUUGGUCCGGGGGGGCCAAGCGGCCUCUUCCAAGCUGGGAACGCAGCCGAGCCCCCAGAUCGUGAUGCCCCCCCUGGUCCGAGGGGCCCAGCAAAUCCACACGAUCCGGCAGCACUCGAGCACGGGCCCCCCUCCCCUGCUGCUGGCCCCGCGCGCCUCCGUGCCCAGCGUGCAGAUCCAGGGCCAGCGGAUCAUCCAGCAGGGCCUCAUCCGCGUGGCCAACGUGCCCAACACCAGCCUGCUCGUCAACAUCCCGCAGGCAUCCCCCACGUCCCUGAAAGGCUCGGCGGUGCCAUCGGGCCAGGCCGGUGCCACCCCGGCGGGUGCCACGUCCCUGGGUGGCACCGGGGAGUCCCCGGGCAGCCGCCAGGCCGCUGCCAAGCUGGCCCUUCGGAAACAGCUGGAAAAGACGCUCCUGGAGAUCCCUCCUCCCAAACCUCCGGCCCCGGAGAUGAAUUUCCUGCCCAGCGCCGCCAACAACGAGUUCAUUUAUCUGGUGGGGUUGGAGGAGGUCGUGCAGAACCUGCUGGAAACCCAAGGGAAGGUGGCGGUGGCCGUGUCCUGCCGGGAGCCCUACCUAUGUGCCCAGUGCCACACGGACUUCACGUGCCGCUGGCGGGAGGAGAAGAACGGCACCAUCAUGUGCGAGACCUGCAUGGCCUCCAACCAGAAGAAGGCCCUGAAGGCCGAGCACACGAACCGGCUCAAGGCCGCCUUCGUCAAGGCCCUGCAGCAGGAGCAGGAGAUCGAGCAGAGGAUCCUGCAGCAAACGGCCCCCCCCGGCCAGCCCAAGGCCGAGCCCGUGGGGCAGCACCACGCGCUCAAGCAGCCCCUUGUCCCUGUGUCCUGCCAGAGUUCCAGCCAGAUGUCCCGAGGUGCCGGAGCUUCCCGAGGGGUCCUGCACGCCUUCAGCCCCUCCCCCAAGCUCCAGAGCUCCUCGGCCACCGCCACCCUCGGGAGCCGGCCCGGAAAACACGUGGAGAGAUCCGGCAACAAGGGCAGCACGGCCUCCUGGAAGAAAAAUCCCAUCAACACAGGUGGGGCCUUGCCCUUCGUCAGCCCCGGUUUGGCCGUGCACAAAUCGGCCUCGGCCGUGGAUCGGCAGCGCGAGUAUCUCCUGGAUAUGAUCCCGCCCCGCUCCAUCCCACAGUCGGCCACGUGGAAAUAAUGCCGAGGGAGAACUUUUCCUGGCUCUGCCAUCCUUUUUCUACCACACUUCCGUGGAAUCUGCUUUAAUCCCAGCUGGAUAACGCCCCAGGCUUUCUAGGAUGCAAGAAGACCACUCCUCAUCCCAGCGAGCGCCGCCGUCCCUGCCGGGAGAAGUGACCACGUGUAGGGGUGGCCGAGCCCCGGCUCCUUUUGGCUCCCAGAUUUUCAUGGAAGCUGGCAGGGAAGGGGGAAGAAUUCCUUCAAUUUUUUGUUGGUUUUUUUUUUUUUUUUUUUGGCUUUUUCUGUAUUUAGUUCUGGAUUUUUUUGGCACCAGCACAAAAAGGACUCAGCGCCUCCUCUCUGCCUUCGGCGGCGUCGCCGAACCUUUUGCCGGGAACGCCGGAGCGCGCUCCGCAAUUUUGGGUCGUGGAGAGAGGAAUUCCAGCCCCAUCCUGCAUUUAGUGAGCCGAGUUCAUGGCUGCUCCUUUGCCCUGCCCCUCCUCCAGCCGGGAAGGCAGGGAGCACAUCCCGAUAUUCCCAAAAAUCCGACGAUGCCGCCGCCGCCGCUGCCGAGAAAUAAGUGCAAAUUCCCGACUCCAGUUGAGUAUGGUUUGGUUUUCUUUUUCCUUAGGGAUUGGCUGCCGCCCCAAAACUUGGCUGGGAGGUGGGAAGUGCUGCGGGAGCCUCCCACUUUUUUGUUGGAUUCUGUUUGGAAUAGACUUUGGAACCGUUGGUAGUUUAAAAACCUUGCAGUUACUGAUAGACAAAAACCACCUUGGUUCUUUCUCAUCCAGCGGAGUUGGGCCUUCCCGACGUUCCCAGAGACUCCAAAGCGAAACUGUUUGGGAAUUUUUUUCUUUUCCUUUGGGAGGGUUGGUUGGUUUUUAUUUCUCCUCUUUUGUUGUUCUUUUGAGGGAUAUUACUCAAAAUUAUAGGAAUUCCAGAAGCUGAUGCAAGCAGGGAGGAUUGGAAGCGAUUCCCGAUUCCCACUGGGAAUUCCGGCCGUUCCCAAUCCUUCCCUCCGUGAUUCGAGUUCUCCCAGGCAUCCCAAGCAUGCUCCUGUAUCCAUCACUCUCCCAUUUUGGAUGGAGCUUUCCAUCGGUUUUUUGGGAAUUCCGGAGGUUCAACCCAAAAUCCAGCCGGGGCCAGUUUGGUUUUAUUUUGGUUUCUCAUCCUCUUCUUCCCUGGGCUUCUUCCCGAAUUCCAGACGAAUCCAAGGGGCAGAAUUCCAUGCCUUACUCCUCGUGUCGCGGAUCAGCGCUGGGCAAAGCGCCGAUGAGAAUUCUUUGGGAAAUUAUAAAUAUAUAUAAUCUAGAGAUCUAUAUAUAAAAAAAAACGGGGAAGGGAGGGGGGGGGAAAUUCAGGAAAAGCCGGAUUUAUUUUCUUAGGAAUCGCUGGGAGAUCGAAACUUGAAGCCAAGAAUUCCUUAGGGAUCAUCCCCCUCGGAUCCGAGCGCUGCCGAGUGACAAAAGCCCUCCCUCUUCCCACUUUUCCCGGCGUGUGGAUAUCAAUAUUUAGGGAUUUAGCUUAGGAACCACCCCCCCCCCCUCCUUUUCCAAACUGCUGGAUAAAAACCCCCGGAAUUCCCACCUGGAUGCGGAUUUUGGUGUGUUUUCCGGAGGGAUGUGAAGAGCUCAGAUGGGUGGGAAUCGGGUUGGAAUUUGGAGUUUUCUUUUCAUUCCAAGCUUGGAUUGGGAGAUGUGGACAGAGGGAUGAAGUGGAUUUGCUUCUUCCAUUUAAUUGUAUGGAAAAGUUGCCGUUCCUUUCCCGUGUGGAAUUUUUUGGGGUUGGUUUUUGGGGGGGGAGGGGGUUGUUUUUCCUCUCCUGGUUUUUUUUCCUCAUGGAUGCCAACGUUUGAUCUCUGUUCGACCACCUGGAAAAAGUUCAUUUAUUCCCAAAAAAAAAAAAUCCCAACAAAACUCCUCCAGUUAAAUCCCAAACUUCUUUUUUUUUUUCUUUUUUUUUUUUUUUUGGGAAAACCUGGAUCAUUUAUUCCCGGUGUUGGGAAACAGCUUUGGAUGAUUCCUGAAAAAAAAAAACAGGGAAUAAAAGAGGGGCAGAAAGGAUUUGAUGUUCUAAAAACGACGUCAAAACCUUUUUGGAUCCCAGCAGCUCCGGUAAUUCCCUUGGAAAUUGGAAUUCCAACCAACUUGGAUCGUUAAAAUAAUUGGGAAUGCUUGAAUUUAAGGAUUUGGAAUUAAAAUUCCAAACAAGUCUCUGUGUCCAGACUCCGAAAUGUUCCAUCCUGAUUUUUUUUUUUUGAUGGAUAAUUCAGAAUAAAUCCCGCAAAAAAACAUUUGGGGGAUAGGGAGGGGGGAGAGAUUUCUUUGGAAAGGAAAAUCCUGCAUGGAAUGAGGCUGGAAAAACCCAAAAUCCAACCUGGAAUGAGGCUGAAACUCAAAAUUCCCAAUCUGGAAUGAGGCUCCUGGGAUCCAGACCAGUUCUGACGUGGUUUUUCCCUGGUGGUUCUUGGAAUGUCGCAGGGAAUUUGGAGGAUUUGUUUAUUCCAUCCGCGUUUCUGCCAAAUUUGGGAUAAAUCUGGGAAAAGAUUCCACGUUGGAAUGCUGGAAUGGCUUUUCCUUCGCAGUCCCAGUUCCAUAUUCCGAUGGGAGUUGUGGGAUUGGGAUCGUUCAGGUGCAAAGUUGUUCCAACUCUUCAAUACAGAUUUUCCAAACCUC